AUGGCUUCACCAUCGAUCCCCCCGUUGAUGCCCUUGGAGCGCGCCGGCCCAAAAGGCUAUGUGCGCUAUCUGUUUCCCUUCCCGCUCGCUGAGAACUAUAACCUCGACGAGGUUGCCCGUGUGUUGAAGGACUCACUGGCGGCCACCCAGAAGCGCCUCCCCGUGCUGGCAUGCGAAGCCGUUCCCGAUACCGAGGCCAAACAGGCCGGCGUCCUGCGCCUGCAAGAGAGCGAGGUGGGCGACAUCAAAGUGGUCGACAUGAGGGCGCCGGAAGCAUUUCCAAUGACAUACCAGCAGCUGAGAGAGAAGCGCUUUCCGCUCGAGGCCUUUGAAGCAGACGUGUUCUGUCGGCGCCCCGUGUGGCCAUCCCCCGGCGACAGGCUGCCCAUCACGGCGGUACAAGCAAAUUUCAUCCAGGGAGGACUCAUAUUAAACUGGUGCAUCUUCCACAUGAUUGGUGACGGCAAGACCUUCCAGAAAAUGCUGGAGAUAUGGGCAGAGGAAUGCCGAAGGGCCCAAGGCCUCGAGAUCACCUCGCCCGUGCACCUGCCCGACGAACUCUUCGACCGGAGUCGUGUAAUGCAGGGCUCGGGGCGCAACAAAGGCAGGAUUGAGGACCAUCCGGAAUACGUCCUGCUUCCCUUUACUCCCACCGGCGCGCCGCCGAAGAUGCUCAGUCCGACCCAUCGAGCCCGAGUCUUCUACUUCUCGCCCGCCACGCUGGCACAACUCAAGAAGGACGCAUCGCCGGCGAACGCAAAGAUGCCCGCCUCGGAUGUGCCGUGGAUCUCGACGAACGACGCCCUCUCCGCGCUUCUCUGGCGCGCGGUGAUGGCAGCGCAGUUCCCCCUUGACGAGCUCGAGGGCAACCCGACAUCCGUCUUCAACAUCGCCGUCGACGGGCGUCGGCGCGCAGACCCCCCACUGCCGGAGGAUACCAUGGGGUGUUUCCUCGAAUACGUCGCGCCCUCCAUGGGCAUCCGCACCAUGCUCACCGAGGCGAGUCUCGCUGACAUCGCGGUUGAGAUCCGGCGGAACGUGGCCAAGGCGAACCAGAACUACACGGACGACAUCGUCACCCUCCUCGACAGUAUUCCGGACCACAACCGGCUGGUUCCGACGGCAUUCUUGGAUGUGCCGGGCCACAACUGUGUUCUAACGUCGUGGGUCAACUUUGACCUGUACACGAUCGACUGGGGCCAUAUGUUCGGUGGGGCCGUUGAAGCCGUGAGAGCCCCGAACGUGGGGAUCAUUAACGGCUGUCAGGUCGUUCUACCGGCGGUGCCAGAGAGCAGGGGUGGUGGCUUCGAGCUGUUGGUGGGCGUGGAAGAGAGCGCAAUCCACAGGCUAGAGAUGGAUGCGUUGUGGACAAAAUACGCAACCAUGGUUUAG